AAAAAAAAAAAAAAAAAAGCUUCUUCUCCCCCCUCCAUAAUUUUUUUAAAAAUUAGAAGAACAAAAGCACCAAGGGCAAUCCAGUGCUGGUCCUUGGAAUAUAUAAUUACAUAUAAAAGAAGGAAAUAUGAUUUUUUUUCUCCCCCCCCACCCCCUUCCCUCUUCGCCUCUAGCAUUGCUCCAUCUCACUUCCUUGCCCCAGAUCAGCAAGGGUCUAGUUUACACAUCUUCCUCUGCUUGAGUUAAUUGAAGUUGUGCCUCUUCCUUGCUAAACUUUUUUUCCCCUCUCUCUCUCUCUCUCCCUCUCCCCCAUCUCUGGCUCUGCCAGCCCCCCUCGUCUGAUUACAUCUAGUAAUUCUCCACUGAAUGAACGUCAUUUACAAUAGUAGGGGAGCUCUCGAGCUGGCUGCAGGCUUCACGCUCCAUUUGGUCCUGCAUUCUCCCUUUAAAAUGUUAGUCCACACCUAUUCCGCCAUGGACCGGCACGAUGGAGUCCCCAGCCACAGCUCCAGGCUGUCCCAGCUGGGAUCUGUCUCCCAGGGACCCUACUCCAGCGCCCCUCCGCUGUCUCACACCCCGUCCUCGGAUUUCCAGCCGCCUUACUUCCCACCCCCCUACCAGCCUCUUCCUUACCACCAAAGCCAGGACCCUUACUCCCAUGUCAAUGACCCUUACUCCCUAAACCCUUUGCAUCAACCCCAGCAGCACCCUUGGGGACAAAGGCAGAGGCAAGAGGUGGGAUCAGAAGCCGGUUCACUGCUGCCACAGCCUCGGGCAGCCCUGCCUCAGCUCUCGGGACUGGACCCCAGGCGGGACUACCACUCAGUGCGGCGGCCAGACGUGCUCCUCCACUCGGCUCACCAUGGCCUGGACUCCGGCAUGGGGGACAGCCUCUCUCUGCAUGGCAUCGGACACCCCGGCAUGGAAGAAGUGCAGUCAGUUGAAGAUGCCAAUAACAGCGGUAUGAAUCUAUUGGACCAGUCUGUCAUUAAAAAAGAUUUCCCUACAAAGCCAAACCAAACCACCUGCAACCAAACUUGGACUGUUAUGAUGGGCAUGGACCUUCGCAUCAAACGAAGGGUUCCGGUUCCUCCAAAAUCUGUCACUUCUUUGAUGAUGAAUAAAGAUGGCUUCCUGGGUGGCAUUUCAGUCAAUACUGGAGAGGUGUUUUGCUCAGUACCUGGCCGCUUGUCCUUGCUCAGUUCAACUUCAAAGUAUAAAGUAACGGUGGGAGAAGUUCAAAGACGCCUCUCUCCUCCAGAAUGUCUGAAUGCUUCCCUGCUAGGAGGAGUGCUUAGAAGAGCCAAAUCGAAAAAUGGGGGGAGAUCGUUGAGAGAAAGGCUAGAAAAAAUCGGUUUGAAUUUACCAGCCGGCAGGCGCAAGGCGGCGAAUGUCACUUUACUCACGUCCCUGGUGGAAGGUGAAGCGGUUCAUUUAGCUCGGGACUUUGGGUACAUCUGCGAAACGGAGUUCCCGGCCAAAGCGGUGUCUGAGUACCUGAACAGACAGCACACGGACCCCAGCGAUCUCCACUCCAGGAAAAACAUGCUGCUUGCUACGAAGCAACUUUGUAAAGAAUUUACAGAUCUCUUGGCCCAGGACAGGACGCCCAUUGGUAACAGCAGGCCCACCCCUAUUUUGGAACCAGGCAUUCAGAGCUGCUUGACUCACUUCAGCCUCAUCACCCAUGGCUUUGGGGCUCCAGCCAUCUGCGCUGCCCUCACAGCCCUCCAAAACUACCUGACUGAAGCUCUCAAAGGCAUGGACAAGAUGUUCUUGAACAACAACACUGCUAACAGGCACACAUCUGGGGAAGGACCAGCUUUGCCCGCUUGGCUUAUGAGCUUCUUCAAAGAGGACUAGAUCUCCCUACACAAUAUAUCAGGUACAGAGAAAAACAUCCACAAUUAUGAUACUUUUCUAUAUAUAAUAUAUAUAAUAUAUAUAUAUAUUUGUGUAUAUAUUUCAAGUCAAAGCUGGUUGUUUCAGGAUUCUGGAGGUGCACUUCUUUAAAGAAGCUCAAAGGGAAUAAUGUGAACAAGAUAAAACUGAACUGAAAUCGAGGUGUCAUGUUAUACGGGGGAAAAUGCAGUUUGGUCGAAGGGUUGUGGUGCAAACGCUUGCUCAGGCGCUGGCAUUUGCUGCACGAAGGGCGUUGCUAAAUGCAAUUAAUGGUGUGAGUGUUGGCAUGGGCUGGUUUGCAAGGGAGUGCCAGGAUUAUGGAAAGAUGUUCCUCUCCUGCCAGGUAUGAAGGAUGUUUUGUGGCUGUCGGGUUUAGAACAAAUUCAGCAAGAGAGGACACUCCUCCCGCCCCACUUAUCUCCAAAUAAGUUGUUUGGCAGUAAUUUGGUUAUUGCAGGGUGUGAUAUGAAUAAGCUCUGUUGUUUUUUUUUUUUUAAUGCUUUUCGUUUGGUUUUUGGUGGGGAGAGGGAUGCAUGGUAAAAUCACGCAACAGUUCAGGUCUUGGACACUGUGUUUGUUCGUUAGCGCGGGGGGGGGGUUUCAUGCAUCCCCAAACCUUGUCCCUGCUCCCGUCCUGGCUCCACUGAAGUGAACAGCCCAAGUCCCAGUGACUGCACCGGGGCAGGGUUUCAAUGCAUGCCAGGCACACUUGAGAGAGGAGAAAGGAAAUACCCGAGAGGUGGGGUUUCCUUUGGACAGGAAAUGGCAUUGAGGGCAAAAGGAUCGCCCUCCAGUCUCUCUGACCUCAACAACGUAUUAAAUCCAGAAAACAAGGCGCCCUCUUAGGUAAGGAAGCUAAAUCCUUUUGACCUGGUUUACUCCCAAGAGUCCCUCAGCAGCCAUUGAGAGUAUUAGCCCAGCAGAAUCUGGGCUGAAUUAAUCCUCCUGCCAAAGGAUGUUGUUAACCCGUUCUAAAGAAGUGGUAAACUGAGGCACAGGAUGUGUCAAAGCUCAUGGGCUUACCAGUCAGAGGCAACACGACAGCCCAGCAUACCCAAUAGGUUCAGCAGUCUCCCUAAGGUCGUCUGUUGGUUCCCAGCAGCUGGGACCAAAUCUUUCAUUUCACUGGGACUGUUCUGGUCAGGAAAACCAGCCGGAUUUAGUCCUGGACAACCUCGCCCAGUCCCUGGGCAAGCCAAGUGCCCCCAGUCCCCUUCCCUCCAACAUCUGUCAUAUGAGAUUCAAACGUUGAAUAAAAAUGCAUCCCAGUGACAUGGCUUUAAGGGCAUUUCUUCUGUCUAGUUGGAGACAGUUCUGUUUCUUGAGUACAGCAGAGCUUGGCCCGUAGAAACCGCACACACCGUGAGCGAGUAUAGCUAGAAAAACCUCAAGCCUUCAAGCAACCGAAGCGGGUUUAUGGAAAGGUGUGUGGCUAGUGCUGCUACUUCUGUUGCUUCCUACUUAAUAUUGAUGACCUACAGGAUCAACACCCCCAGCUGUGCAGAGGAACAGGGAGGCACAGUCCCUGGCCCAAAGUGCUUAAGAGUUCAACUUCUGCACACACUCAUGCACACUCCCCCCGAAAGCUCUGCCAGCUCCAUGGCAAAACUCCCUGGCGUUGAGUACGAGCAGGAGCAGUUUCACAGAUUCAAACCCCAGGAAACUCCACGGGAGUCUUUUCAUUGACUUGGCAGCUUUGAAUUAGUCCCUCGGUAGGUUUAUCUACGGGGUGAAGGGAAAGCCUGGGAGCAGCAGCCUGCCCUCCCUGCUCUGGCAAAGAAAAAUCCCCUGGAUUUCAGUGGGAGAGUUCCCUAGCCCAGCAAUGAGGGACAGCUCUCGACCUGCCUGGACAUUUCUAAAUUGCAAAAACAUGGCAUGGAUUUGAAACCUAAUUGAUUUCCCCAUAAUCUAAUAUUUGGCGACUGGUAGCAGGCAUCCAUUACUGAUUAUUAUUAACUUUGUUGAACAAUCUCUCCCCGUAAAUACAUAAUUCAGCCUCCUGCUCUCAAAGUAUGGCUAAAGUAUAACUUAAUUGCAAGGCAUUAUCCAGUCUUUUUGCACUUCCCCAGACUACUUUUGUUGGCUGGGCACCUUUGACGUUUAUCUGAUAAUUGAGUUAUUAAAAGAUUGGGUUUCUUCGGGAUCAUAAAUCAAUAAACAGGAGGAUUAACGUGACAGCUUUGCUUUUAACUCAAGGGAAAUGUUUAAGGAGAGACCUCGAAAAGUUUGUUUUCAAACCAAACAGGUGGGUUGCUGUAAUUUUGAUUUCACUUCACAUGAUUUGAAAAUAUAAUCAGAUAUAGAUGAGCGGCUCAAGUGAAGCCUGUAGCUUCUCUGCUUGUCAUUUCCCCAAAAUUAUUGGGGUAAUAACACGCUUUUCUGCUUGCUAUGACCCUAAAAUGCAAAGGAAACAAGAAGCCAGUAUAUUUGUCCUAAGUUAUGCCUGGGGAAUCUUUAAGGAUGAAAAAUGGGGUUGUAAUGAAGAUGGUCCCACAUCAUGCCAGUAAAAGUUUCCAUUGAACUCAACAUAGAGUUUGAUUUUAAAAUGAGAAGACUAAACUCCCUGACCAGAGAUUAGCUAGAAGGUAAUACCUACCUAUGUGCCUAUACUUGUUGUUUUUUUUUUUUUAAAGAAAUACAUUCAGAAUAAAUUCUAUAACAUAAAUUCCUGGACAUCGUUUGAAGUCAUAAAAUAUCCCCAGAUAUUUAAAAAAGACAACGUUAUUAAUACAUCAGCCUGGUAAUCUUUUCUAAACGGUUUCCCUUAAAGUAUUAGUUUUCACCUUUUAAGCUUACACUGAAAGAAACCAAAAAUCCUCACUUUGACACACUCAUGCUCACGACAGCCUGACACCAACGUGGCCAGAUCUAUAUUUUAAAAAAGCAAUUUUCUGUUACCUUGUGAUCCAGCAAAAGACCCUUUCCGAUUAAACCUACGAAAGGGACACACACAUGGCUGGAAUUUUCUUACCUAAAAGGUAAAAAGCAACGAUUAAAAACCCUCACUUAGAUGGGACUGAAGAGCCUGAAUAUUGUGUGCCAAAUAAAGCUAGCAAAAUAAAUAGCUGUAAAAAAAAACAAAACAAAACAAAAGAAAGACAAAAAAAAAGAAAGAAAAAGAAAAUAAAAACAGAAGUGGUGAAAAUUUACACCAUCUUCCUGUCUAUGCCAAAACUGAUUCCUCUUCACCACCUCCUCUUGAAUAGUCUUACCAUGCAGUGAGAAAUAUCAGUUAGUCGACUCUUCCUAAGAAGAAAUGCGGAGAGGCAUUCAAUGUUGAGUUUGUAUAUAUUUAUUUAUGCUUAAUUUAAUGGGAAUGUGUAAAUAUGGCGAGCAAGUAGUUUUUGGGUUAUUUAUCUGUGAAUCUAUACCUCUGUGAAUGGGUGGGGGAAUUUAAAAAGAAAAAAAAAGCAAAAAGAAAAAAAAAAAAAGCUUGACUCUAGAUAGUAUCCUAUCGGAAUUUUUUUUUUUUCUGUUCUUUAUAGACAAGCUGUUAUGGUAAUGGGUAGAAAUUGGUUUCUUGUCCAGUGAUGACCUGAUUUACAUAAAUAAUAAUAAGAAUAAAAAAAAAAAGAUUGUUGUGUUUUGUUGUAUUUUCCUCUUCAGUUUUUUUGAAUGUUGGUGCUGCUUCAAUUCUGCAGACGGAUUUACUUAUAAACGCCAAGAAGUCUUUAUUUUCCCAAUCUAGGCUUUUGGGGAAAUUCAGGACGUGUCUUUACAUUGAAAAAAAUGACAAUAAAUAUUGCUUCUCAGAAAUGUUGGCAUUUGAUUUCUGUCUGACUCCGAGGUGUCCAUAAUUUUGCCAUCUUGACCUCCUCUUUCUAAACAGAUUUCUAAUAAACCUCAUGUCAUGUUACCGUGA